AUGGCGUCAGUGCAAGCACCUCCUGGUGUCCAACACCCAGGGGGGCCUAUGCCUACCGGCGCAACAAAGCAGCAGGCCGAAGAAGUCUUUCGGAAACUCAAGCAGAUGAAGGAACAGGGUGUUCCCGCCACCGACCCCGAAUAUAUCAAAGCACACCAGUUCCUUGCCAGCUUCCAACAACAACACAACAUGCGUCGCACCCAGCAGCAGAUGAUGCAACAACAACAGCAGCAGAUGCAAGGCAUGCCGAAUGGUACCCCCAAUGGUGCGCAGGCUCAGCGCUCUCAGCAAGGGACACCGCAGCCUGGACAACCCGUUAUUAAUACCCAAGGCGCUGCUGCCGCGUCUGCGCACAAUUCAGUGUCUACGCCGACGGCUGGUGUGUCACCGGCUGUAGGCACCUCGAACCUUUUCAGUCAGCAGCAGCUUGCCCUCCUCAGGCAGCAAAUCCACGCGUUCAAGCUUCUCGGCAAGAAUGCAGGCGUUUCUAUGCAGCUUCAACAGGCCAUAUUCAACCAGCGCUUGCGCCGACAGGCUACCAUGGUCGAUUCUCCAGUGUCUACUCCAACGAAAGGCCCUUCUACUGACACCAAGGAUGCUCCCAAUGGAGGUAACCUUGCUGUCCAGGACGAAGCGAACCAAUUGCCCAAGCAGCAUGUUUACAAGGCGAUUAAGUCCCCGUACGGCACCAACAUGGUUCGCCCUACCAUCAACUAUUUCGAUCAUACGCAGCGCAAGAAUCGCUGGUUUAUUCCCGGUAUCUUCCCCACUGGCAUUGAUGCCGAGCACCUGCGAUAUGAGAAUGAGGUUGUCGUAUUCAACCGCAUGAGCCAACGGUACGCAGAGUUGAAAAACAUGCCUGCCAACAUUGCUCACGUUGAUGCCACUGAUGACAACCUCGAGGUCCACGAUGAUCUUAAGAGACGGGCCAUCAUUGAGAUGAAGAAACUCGCGCUGUAUUCUAAGCAGCGCGCUCUCCGUGAAAAGGUUGGCCGUCAGAUGCUGCACUAUGACAAUCUAGCAAUGACGACAAACCGUUCGAACUACCGCCGUAUGAAGAAGCAGAACGUUCGCGAGGCUCGCAUUACCGAGAAGCUGGAGAAGCAGCAGCGUGAUGCCCGAGAAAACCGCGAGAAGAAGAAGCACACCGACUUCUUGCGUGCUAUCUAUAACCAUCGCGCCGAAAUUCACGAGACCGCCAACUCCCAGCGUGCCAAGUUCCACAAGCUCAGCCGUCUCAUGUACUCUCAACAUUUCAACAUUGAGAAGGAAGAGCAGAAGCGCGUUGAACGCACCGCCAAGCAGCGUCUACAAGCGCUCAAAGCCAACGACGAAGAGGCCUAUCUCAAACUGCUCGACCAGGCCAAAGAUACACGUAUCACCCAUUUGCUCCGCCAGACCGACGGUUUCUUGCACCAACUCGCCUCGUCUGUUAAGGCACAGCAGAGGCAGGCUGCCGAGCGUUACGGCGACGACCUCGAUACGUUUGCGGCCGAAGAAUCCGAAUCCGAGCCUGAUGAGGAGGAUGAAGAGACUGGUGGCAAGAAGAUCGACUACUAUGCUGUUGCUCAUAGAAUUCGUGAAGAAGUUACCGAGCAAGCCAAUAUGCUGGUUGGUGGCAAGCUCAAGGAGUACCAGGUCAAGGGUCUUCAAUGGAUGAUUUCGCUGUACAACAACAACUUGAAUGGUAUUCUUGCAGACGAGAUGGGUCUCGGAAAGACUAUCCAGACUAUCAGUCUGAUUACAUACCUCAUUGAGCGCAAACAGCAGACCGGACCAUAUCUCGUCAUUGUCCCCCUGAGUACUCUCACCAACUGGAACCUCGAGUUCGAGAAGUGGGCGCCUAGCAUCAACCGCAUCGUCUACAAGGGUCCUCCCAAUACCCGUAAACAGCAUCAGGAGAAGAUCCGACAAGGUCGUUUCCAGGUGCUUCUGACUACUUACGAAUACAUCAUCAAGGAUAGACCAAUCCUUAGCAAGAUCAAGUGGUUCCACAUGAUCAUUGACGAAGGUCAUCGUAUGAAGAACAGCAACUCCAAGCUGAGCGCGACUAUUCAGCAAUACUACAACACCCGAUUCCGCCUUAUCCUUACUGGUACCCCGCUGCAGAACAACUUGUCCGAACUCUGGGCUAUGCUCAACUUUGUUCUGCCCAACAUCUUCAAAUCUGCUACGACGUUCGAUGAAUGGUUCAAUACACCAUUUGCUAAUACUGGAGGACAAGACAAGAUCGAGCUUACGGAAGAAGAACAGAUUUUGGUCAUUCGCCGCCUGCACAAAGUUCUGCGGCCAUUCCUUCUGCGCCGUCUCAAGAAGGAUGUCGAAAAAGAUCUUCCUGACAAGACCGAAAAGGUCAUCAAAUGCCAGUUCUCGGCCCUUCAAUCCAAGCUGUACAAACAAAUGGUCACCCACAACAAGAUUGCUGUUAGUGACGGCAAAGGUGGCAAGGCCGGUGCUCGUGGCCUCAGCAACAUGAUCAUGCAGCUGCGUAAGCUAUGCAACCAUCCCUUUGUUUUUGGCGAAGUUGAGAAUGUUAUGAAUCCCAUGAGCAUUAGCAACGACAUUCUGUGGCGAACGGCAGGCAAGUUCGAGCUUCUUGACCGAGUCUUGCCCAAGUACCAGGCAACUGGCCAUCGUGUACUCAUGUUCUUCCAGAUGACAGCCAUUAUGGACAUCAUGGAAGACUAUCUCCGCUAUCGUCGUAUGGAGUAUCUCCGUCUCGACGGUACCACCAAGUCUGAUGAGCGUUCGGAUCUGCUGCACGAAUUCAAUGCACCUGAUUCCAAGUAUUUCAUAUUCCUGCUCUCCACCCGUGCCGGUGGUCUCGGUCUGAACCUGCAGACAGCCGAUACUGUCAUUAUCUACGACUCGGAUUGGAACCCUCAUCAAGAUUUGCAGGCCCAAGAUCGUGCUCAUCGUAUCGGUCAGAAGAACGAAGUCAGAAUUCUGCGUCUCAUUAGUUCCAACUCUGUUGAAGAAAAGAUUCUGGAACGUGCUCGUUUCAAGUUGGAUAUGGACGGCAAGGUCAUUCAGGCCGGUCGUUUCGAUAACAAGUCUUCAGAAACCGACCGAGAUGCCAUGCUUCGAACCUUGUUGGAGACGGCCGAGAUGACUGAGUCUGGCGAGCAUGAAGAGAUGGAGGAUGACGAGUUGAAUAUGCUGUUGGCACGAAGCGAUGAGGAGAUUCUCGUGUUCCAGGCGCUUGAUGAGGAACGUGCAAGGACUUCCCCAUACGGCGGCACCAAGGGCAAGCCUAGACUGAUGGGUGACGACGAGUUGCCAGACAUUUACCUCAACGAGGACAACCCUGUCCCCGAGGAGACAGAGGACCUUGUUCUUGGACGUGGUGCUCGCGAGCGUACUAAGGUCAAGUAUGAUGACGGUCUCACCGAAGAGCAGUGGCUGAUGGCUGUGGACGAUGACGAAGAUUCGCCAGAAGCAGCAGCACAACGCAAGCAAGCUCGCAAAGAUAGGCGUGAAACGAAGAGAAAGUCAGGGGUCCCGGGCAGUAUGGACGAUUCACCUACUGCUAGUCGCGCCAGCACGGAAGAGAUUGAGAUCGAGACCCCCAAGAAGCGUGGCCGCAAGCCUGGUAGCAAAAAUGAGAAACGCAAGGCCGAAGAUGGGGAUGAUGAACCGCCUACUAAGAAACGCCGUGGCCCUCAAGGGCGGCCUAGCAAGGGUGGCGCGAACGAGUCUCGUCUGAACCCUCAGCAACGUGAGCUCCUGCAAAGAAGUCUACGAUCUCUGUAUGACGCCUUGAUGACUCUCGAGGUUGACGACAUUGAACCGCCUGCCGAGGACGACGAGUCUGACGCUGGCAAACGCCUCAUUAUUGGACCCUUCAUCAAGCUGCCGCCUAAGCGCGACUAUGCCGACUACUACCUCAUCAUCACCAACCCCAUUUGCAUGAACCAGAUCCAGACGCGCAUCAAGAAGGAAGAGUAUAAUGCUCUGAGUGACUUGAAAAAGGAUUUUGACCUGAUGAUCCGCAACUGCCAAACGUACAAUGAGGACGGUAGCAUUCUGUACCAGGAUGCCAAGACAAUGAACGACUUCUUCACGGCAAAGUUGCAAGAGCAAUUAAAUUCCAACAUUGGACUACAGGCACUUGAAGAGGGCGGCAAAGCGAGUUCUGUUGCGCCAUCGGUUGCUGAGAGCACACCACAGCCCAGCGGCACUCGUAUCAAGAUCAUCACGAGCGGCGCGCGAGAGGCCAAUGGAGCGCGAUCCGCAGCCCAGAGCGACGAGGAGUGA